ACUUUUUUUUUUUUUUGAACUUUUGGAUAUUCACCAAAGAGAGGCCAAGCCCUUCUUUCCAAUUAGAGUGAGAGGGAAGUAGUUGUUGAUUCUUGGUGGUUGGUUAUGGAGCAUGGAAGCUUGAACAUUCCAUAGUUUCCAUGGGCGAGGAAGAAAUAUAAAAAUAUAUACUCAGCGAAUCCCCAAAAUCCCUCUUCUCAGAAUAUCAGGCAAUCGAAUUCCGUAAAGAAGGACUCUCUCUCUCGUGCCCUUUUGCUCUCUGAGUCGUCUCUCAUUGUCUCAGAUUUUGCCGCAUCCGUUGAGAGUUCAUCUUCUGUGAACUCUUAGAAAUGCAAGUUCUGGCAUGCAAUGCUCCGCACCAGCGAACGAUGGUGAAAUCUGGCGUUUCGACUUCGACCCAUUUCUUGGGAAGGCGAGAACUGUGCUUUGAUGGCGUGUCUUCUGUAUGCUCUCCUUCUCAACCCUCCACACCAAAUACCGGCACUGCCCAAUCCAUUUCCAUUCAAAGGAGUGCUAGAGAUGACUCCGGAGAUUUGGGUUCAGUACUGAGCAGAAAAUUUCUUUCCACAACCCGACGGACAUUAUUUGCUAGUUUGUUUAUGAGUUUGUGGUCUUAUCCUUCAAGUGUAUUUACAGCUCAAGCCUUGGGCGAUCCAUCGGUAACCAUUGAGGAAGUAACUCCCACUGUUUUUCCCUCUGGAACCCUCUUCCCCACAGAGGAAAGAAUUGUCCAAUUGUUCGAGAAAAAUACGUACUCUGUUGUCAAUAUUUUCGAUGUAACAUUACGUCCCCAACUCAAUGUAACUGGCAUGGUUGAGAUUCCUGAAGGAAAUGGUUCUGGAGUGGUCUGGGAUGAUCAGGGACAUAUAGUAACAAAUUAUCAUGUAAUUGCAAGUGCCCUUGCAAGAAAUCCGAGCUCCGGGCAGGUUGUUGCACGAGUUAAUAUUCUCGCAUCUGAUGGGAUACAGAAGAAUUUUGAAGGCAAACUCAUUGGUGCAGACCGUACAAAGGAUCUAGCAGUUUUGCAGGUGGAUGCGCCAAAUGAUUUAUUGAGGCCAAUCAAGGUGGGGCAGUCAUCUUCUCUUAAAGUUGGGCAACAGUGCUUGGCAAUUGGAAAUCCUUUUGGUUUUGAUCAUACCCUCACAGUUGGAGUCAUUAGUGGACUCAACCGUGACAUUUUUAGUCAGACCGGCGUCACAAUCGGUGGUGGAAUCCAAACCGAUGCAGCUAUCAAUCCCGGGAAUAGUGGAGGUCCUCUACUUGAUUCGAAAGGGAAUUUAAUUGGUAUCAAUACCGCUAUUUUUACUCAAACAGGAACAUCAGCUGGUGUUGGUUUUGCAAUCCCAUCUUCAACUGUAGUCAAGAUUGUACCUCAGUUGAUCCAAUUUGGUAGAGUCGUUCGUGCUGGCAUAAAUGUAGAUAUUGCUCCUGAUCUGAUCGCAAAUCAACUCAAUGUUCGUGACGGAGCUCUAAUUCUACAGGUUCCUGCAAAUAGUCCUGCAGCCAAAGCCGGACUAUUGCCCACCACCAGAGGUUUUGCCGGUAAUAUAGUACUUGGAGAUAUCAUUGCUGCCAUCGAUAAUAAGCCGGUAAGAAACAAAGCAGAAUUGUACAAGUUAUUGGAUGAGUACAAUGCGGGAGACGAAGUAAUUUUGAAGAUAAAGAGAGGAGGGCAAACUCUGGAGCUGCCUCUGAUAUUAGAAGAAAGUCAGUAGAGAUAGUAUCUGCAGAACCUUGCAUAAAACACGCUAAAUCGCUAACCGUUUUGACGUUCUACUCGGGAUCAAAUGGAGAAGAAGAAGAUUAAGAGAGCUACAGAUCGAAUCGAACGGUUGAGGUAAAAGUUGUGAUAUAAAAUGAGUGGUUUCUGGGGAAAAUUGUUGAGAUACUGUGUGAUAAACUGAUAUUGAAUGGCUUUAACAGCACAGCAAGUAGGAAAUGUGAGAGUUGAGAUGGUGUGGACUCAAAAACUUUUUCAACUUGGUGGUGAGGGAGAGAGAUGGAAGAAUCAACUCUUAGUUUUGAUGUAAAAACAAGAUAUCACUGAAUAAUGUGAUGUUCAUAAUGGAUCCAAAUCAAAUGUCAAGAUAUGUUAUUUUGUAAUUUUGUUUACCAA